GGUCUGUCCCUCAAGGUCGACUAAAGACACUCUUCUCAAAUACAAAAGAUACCCCGAUUUCUAAACCUUCUAGCGUGCAUCUAAACUGAAUCCUGACUGCUUCGUUACCGACCAAUCACAUAUCACACUAGUCGUAUAGCAAAUCGAAACCUACAUAAACUACACAUCACCACCAUGCCUUCUUUCACGGUUUUCAAGGGCUCCAAGGAGGGUCUCCCCAAGAAGUCGACGACCACCAAGCCCGAUGAGCUCAAGGGCGACCAGGUGCUCUUGAGGGUGACAGCCUCCGGCCUGUGCGGCACGGACCUGCACUACAAGACGACGGAUAUGGCUUUGGGCCAUGAGGGCGUGGGCAUCGUGGAGCAGCUCGGACCUGACGUCAAGACAUUGAAGAAGGGCGACCGCGUCGGCUGGGGCUACGAGCACGACUCGUGCGGCCACUGCAACCUCUGCCUUACGGGCGCCGAGACCUACUGCCCCGAGCGUGCCAUGUACGCAUCGGCCGACCUGGACCAGGGCUCCUUCGCCUCGCACGCCAUCUGGCGCGAGGCCUUCUUGUUCAAGAUCCCCGACGCGCUGUCCGACGAGGCCGCCGCCCCCCUGCAGUGCGGUGGUGCCACCGUGUGGAACGCCUUGAGGGCCUACAACGCGCAGCCCGUCGAGACUGUCGGCAUCAUGGGCGUCGGCGGCCUGGGUCACCUGGCGAUCCAGUUCGCGGCCAAGAUGGGAUGUCGCGUCGUCGUCCUGUCCGGAUCGGACCGCAAGAAGGACGAAGCACUGAAGCUGGGUGCGCACGAGUUCGUGGCCACCAAGGACGCCAAGCAGCUCAAGGUAUCGCACCCGCUCAACCGCCUGCUGGUGACCACCUCCGCGCAGCCCGACUGGGACCAGCUCAUGCCGAUCCUGGCGCCGGGAGCCACGAUCCACCCGCUGUCGGUGGCGCAGGGCAACUUCUCCGUGCCCUACAUGCCGCUGCUCGCCAACGGCAUCACGGUGCAGGGCUCCAUCGUCGCGCCCAGGAAGAUCCACCGCGACAUGCUCGAGUUCGCCGCCCUGCACGGCAUCGCCCCCGUCACCGAGACCUUCCCCAUGACCGAGGAGGGCAUUAAGGAGGCCAUGGACAAGCUAGACAAGGGCGAGGUGCACUUCCGUGCUGUUCUCAAGCCCGAGUAAAGUCCUCAGAGGAAAGGAAGAACAAAGGUCAAAGCGGAUGUCGAUACGAGUUUUUGGAGUUGGACUGUAUAGAUUGGAAUGGAUAGAGUGUCAUGACUAGAGAUAAUGAUAAUGAGAUUUACAAUUUUGUCACGUCGUCGCUCACUUCCACAAAUGCUUACAUGAGAUUACCACAUUGAAUGAUACUGGCAAAAUGGCUGGCGCAAGAUGCAGCCAGGAACGAUGCGAUGCAGACGAGCGGGGCC